GCCUUUGUGAAUAUCCUCGGAAGCCAAGGCUAUUUACGUUCCGCUAUAAAUACCCUUGGCUCUACUUGGAAUCAGAAAAAGAAGCUAUGGAGCGUACCGUUCCUCGUCAUGCUCCACUGCCACGGGGGUAUGAUUUUGUUCCAAAAGGAGACCUAUACAUAACAAAAAAUUGUAAAACCCUCACCCUAAACAGCGGCGCAGACGUCUACAUUGUCCACGAUGCCAAAAACCGACGCCUCGGCAUCCGGGUCCCCUCAGUCAUCUACAAAGAAGUGCAAGCAGCCUCCGCGGAAACAGCCGCAGCGCGACGCGCCGCGACGCGCACACGGGACGAAAAAACGCUCAGCGACGCGCAAAAAGUGCUAACACGGUUAUUCCCACGCCUGCCACCAGCUCUCGGCGCCAAGAUCCUGGCGCACGCGUUCGAGAAGCACAGCGGACGGGUCGGACGCACCGGCACGCGCACCCCGGAGGAGAAGAUCACGCUCGCGGUGCGUGCGCACGCCCGCCACGCCGAGACGCCGUAUGACGAGCUGUUGGCGCGGGGCAUGCGGCGCGAGGAUGCGCGCGCUCGCGUGCUCGAGACUGUCGAGAGGACUGUGAGGAGGUGGCAGGGCUUGCCGGUGGAGGCGUCGCCGCGGAGGCUGUCGUUUAGGGUUGCGGAGAGGGAGGCGCGGGGGAGGAGCGCUACUAAGUCUGCGGCUGGGAAACCUGCUACUGGGAAGGCUGGGGUUAGGAAGAAUGUUAAGGUCAAGAGGAGCCCGAAGAAGACUGUUAAGCACAAGAUUGCUUCCAAAACGGGCCGCAAGAGCUGGACCAAGACGAAAGAAUCCACAGAGACGACGCCCGAGGACACCGCCGGUAUGGGAAGCUCUAAGGCCGCCUUCCCGACUUCGACGACGCCAUCCGCGAGGCUCCGGGCCGCUUUACGACGCACAGCCUCUGUCAUUAGUCUUAGCUCCGGGAGCUGGAGCAACGCCGAGGCCUCUGAGGUCUCUGAGGACGCCAGUGUGUCUGAAGACAACGGUGAAGACGACGGUGUCUUUGAGAUCUCUGACGCCUCUGAGACCCCCGAGGUCCCCGAGAAUGACACCACCUCCGACAACGACGGCUUCAUAGGCAUUGACGAUAUUGACAGCAUCGCAGAUUCCGCGGACGGCGCACCAAAAGACAAGCUAGCUGACUCGAGCAAGGGAGAGGAGCAGGAGGUAGAGGUGAUUGAUAUGUCUCAGCCCGAUGGCACGGUGUACUCGCUUGGCUGGCUCACGAUACGUUCUGGGCAGAAACUGGGGAGGGGGUGGCGCCAGAGACUUAGGACGUGAGUAGACAGAUCUUGCAGGGAAGAGCACUGCGCAGUGGUUUUGUGUACUACUUGCGGAAGUGUC